AUGAGGAUGAAGUACAUUUUCCUUCCUCUGAUGCUUAUCCUUGCUUCCACCGCUUUUCGCAUCCCUCAAAAAUUGGUCGGCCGGAUCAUCCCUGUCACCUUAAUGUUGGCAUUAGCGAUUGGGAUACUGAGCUCGCAUUAUACGUUCUACCAGAAGGUUAUGAGCCACGAACAGGUAUGGCUGUUGUAGUUACGUCGAUUUUUGUUAUCUUUCCCCUUAGGAAUUCUAUGAUCCGGACACCGUAAAACUGAUGGAAUGGAUAAAACAGCAACCAGAGAAGAUGGUCUUCUCAGGAAGCAUGCAGUUGCUGGCAGGGGUUAAAUGCUGUACUGGACGUCCGAUUACCAAUCAUCCCCACUUUGAAGAUAGCCGUAUCCGUGAAAGAACCUUGCGCAUUUAUCAGAUAUACGGGCGGCGAUUGGUGGCAGAAGUAUACCAAAUUUUGAAGCAGGAAAACACCACUCACAUUAUUGUGGAGGAUAGUAUCUGCUUCGCCAGAUCGAAUGGCUGUGCGUUGAAGGAUCUGGUGGACACAGCCAACGGCCAUCGGACCGAGUCCGGACGUUAUCCGUUUGUCUCCAAAAAAGAGCUCGAGUUCUCCCCCAUCCCGCGUUUCUGUGACGUGUUGCGCAAGAAGGGUCACUCUUUAUUCGUUCCCGUGUUCAGAAAUCGCACGUUUCGUGUUUAUCGACUGUCUUAACCCAUGUUUACCCAUUUUUCACAUUUCUUGAACCGGGAUUCGAUUCGCUAAAUUCAUUUCCCAUUGACGUUUCGCCUUUCUCUAUUUACUUUAAGAAAUACGUGCAGUUAUCUGACUCAACGUUAUUUAAUAAAUAUAGUGGGCUUUAAAGCAAUAGGAUAAUUUUAGUAUGAAAUUUGGUUUGUUUUGGAUCACUUUAAUCACAUAUUAUGUUGCUUCGGUUCGAAGAGUAGUCGCGAAUGAACAUCAGCUUGUUGUUCAAGUUCCGGGAUACUCUCCAAAAGAAGUGAGUUCAUUUUUUUAUACACAUUUGCAUUUUAGGAUGAUGCUUACAUUGGUGUUAGUAUUAAAGCGACAGCUGGAUAUAUAGGUAAGCUCCUUGUUCUUUCAAUUAACUAUUUUUACUAAACGGGGCUUUGGUAGUUCAGCCCCCCACGAAAGGUAGUUCAAACCCCCAAUGUUUUGUCCAUUUCACACCCCCCAUAAUUAAAAAAUUAGAAUAAUACAAAAAAUGCAAAUUAGAGUGAAAUGACCCCCGGCGUUUUAGCUCAAACCCCCAGUUACCGUCCAAGUUCGUUCUUGUGGUUCAGGCAGCGAUGAUUGUAGCCGAGAGAACCCAAUCCCGAGUAGGCGGUUCAGAUUGGAUGAGGGGGUUUAUACUGGGUCAAGAGGGGCUGAACUGGACUGGGGGGUUGUACUACCUUAGCCCCUACUAAACUUAUCAAGUAUAGUGAGGUUUGAACCCUUCGCACAUGCCGAUCGUAUCCAUCAUAUGCUUUUAUACGGUUGUGAUAAACCGGCGUACGAUUCUUCCUUCUGGGAAGGUGGUGCCACUUGUGCCGGAGCAAGUCAUAUCCUUUAUGCAUGGGCCCGAAAUGCUCCAUCAUUGUCCUUGCCCGAAGGUGUUGGGUUUGCCAUCGGCAAUAAGGGCGAUCCUGUUCAGUAUAUUGUACUUCAAGUUCAUUAUGCCCAUCCGUUUUCUGGAAACGUUAGAGACUUUGCCGGUACGUUAGACCCAUUAUUUUGUGAUGUUGUUUUAGGUGUUACAAUGCACUUGGUGGACACUCGGCCGGCAAAUCUGGCAGCGGUCUAUCUUUUCGUCUCUGGAGAAGCUAUUCCUCCAAGGAGGGAUGUGGCUCUCAAUAAUAUCAGUUGCACUUAUGAUGGGGAUGCUGAACUGACACCCUUUGCGUUUCGCACGCAUACUCAUCAGAUGGGAAGAGUAGUAUCCGCAUACUUCAAACGGAGUGGACAGUGGACCCAGAUUGGAAAACGAAACCCUCAGUGGCCUCAGGUACUGCUGAAAUUAUGUUUUUCAUUCUUCUAAAAAUAUGCGGCGGUUCAAAGUAAGCCUUCGGUGGCAGGGCGGUAGGAAGUUGGACGUUACGAUCCAGCGCUGUGGUCCGGUUCUUACUUUUGUAUUUUUUAUGCGACAUGCCAGAAGAAUGUUUCUUAAAAAUCAGCUUCAUUUGAAUUUGUAUCCAUAGACUCCAUUUUUACCGAGGUUUCAAAUGUUUUUGACUAGCUCUGUAUUACAUAUGGUUAGGUGUUCAUGCUUUAGGAUGGAAGUUUUUUGACGAAGUUAAACAGUUUUAUACAAUUAGCAGAGCGAGCCAUUGUAAGUCAAAAUAUGAAAAUGACCCAAGUUUGAAAGUUUCGUUGUACUUAUGCUCUGCCUAGUGGAAAACAUAAGUAAAAUUUUAUGCAGAUACCAUCUCUGAUUUGUGUCAGACCCAACACUUUAGCUGAAUUUUAUGCUGAAUCCAAAUCCGAAAUAAAACCCUGCGGCUAUUCCUAUACCGAGAUUCUUAAAUUGUAAUCUUUAUUUUAAUUCAAAAUAAGGUUUAUUUCAAUGUUACGGUAACCCUAACAAACAGAAAUCUCUGAAGUCUCUAUCCAAACGUGUUGCUCUGGUUGACACAAAAGAAAAACGAAUUGAUAUGCCUCAAAUAAAGUCUGUCAUCGAUAAAGGUCUUUUAGUUGUUCCAAAAAAUUGACAAGAAAAUCGUCAUCAAAAAAGGAGACUUUAUGGCAGCAACUUGUCGUUUUGACUCGCACGACAAGGCAGAAUUCACACCCAUGGGGUAAGUGGCUUUAAAAUCUGACUUAUUGUUUUUCUAGAAGUAUGGGAACCGCUGAAAUGUGUAAUUUCUACAUGAUGUUCUACAGAAGUGCGGAUAGUCAAGAUCCAUUCCCUUGGGGCGGUGGAUGCGGCGGAAAUGAAAACGAAGAGUUGGUGGCUGCGGAGUACCCAAAGGAUGGAGUCUCUUUACUUCCCAAACACCCUGAAUGGGAACAUGUUGCCCAUCAGAUGGAUAAACCCUUUGGGGUUAAACAACGAUUGGGGGUUUCCAAAGUAGGAGAUCACAAGCUUGGACAGAUUUCGGGUUUAUCCUAUGGCAAAGAUGGGUCGCUUUAUCUUUUCCAUAGAAGCGAGAGGAUAUGGGAUGGAAGGUAAAGAACACCGUACAGGGGGGAUCGUUAAUUUUCAGUACUUUCGAUCAAUAUAACAAGUUGCAAGACGAGUCUGCAAUUAACGACGAUGUUCUGCUUCACGUCGACGUGGGAAUCGCUUCGCUUAAAUUGCGAAGCAGUUACGGGAAGAAUCAAUUUUAUCUCCCACAUGGCGUCUUUGUGGAUGACAGUGAUUACAUUUACACCACCGACGUCGGAUCUCAUCAAGUUAUAAAGUGGAAAGUGGAGUCUGGUUAGUGCAUUACACACUCCAUUACGAAAGUUUACCUACCUUCCUUCACGAAUUGUCAGUUUCUAGAUCCUGGCAUGCGCUACGUAAAAGCGCAAGCUACCUUUUUGAAAGGCGCGUUACAAAGAAAAAGUGGACGUAUUUCAAGUCUUCGCCAACUCUCCGCCGCAAAAAAAUGCCGAGCGUUCUUAGGCUUAGUUUAGGCUUAUGUUUGCCUAACGUUAGAUUAGGGCUUAGGCUGUUUACUAUUUUUUGUUCGCAGUCAGCGGGCCCUCUUACGCAACAGUCAAAAAAUCAUAAUUUUUUGUUCCAAUUUGGCCACAUUUUAGCACUUACAGUUAGACCAAACAUUUAUUCCAUUUGGGGGGUUCAGUCAACACUUUAAGUCCAAAAUACCAUGAUGGAUUGACAAGAAUCACAUAGUUUGAUAUGCAAAUUUGAAUCCAGCAGAAUAAAUCAAGGCCUGUGUAGUUCGUUAUUCAAACACUUUCAGAAAAUUGUUUUUACACAUGUAAUUUUUUUAAACCGAUUGGAUGGGUCAGUUUAGAAAUUAAUAACGUGUAGCUAUUGGUUUAUAAGUGUGCAAAUGGCGACCACUAAAAAAAUUCAAAAAAAAAAGUCGGAGUCGGAUUUGUUUCAAAAAAGUACAGAACGCUGUGACCGCUCUUUCAAAAGAUAGCAUCUGCUUUUACGUAGUGUUUGCCAGAAUCUAGAAACUGAUAACUCGUGGGGUAGGUACGUAUUCGUAACGGAGUGUACAUUGGGUACAUUUAGUUUUUUGUUUUAGGAAAUCUGAAACCAGUAUUCACUCUGGGCGAGAAAUUCCAACCAGGGUCUGAUACAAAUCAUUUCUGCAAGCCUUCUGGAGUGGCCGUCAGCCGCAAUGAUGGUUUCAUUUAUGUGAGCGAUGGUUAUUGCAACAACCGUGUAAUGGUUUUUGAUAAGAACGGAAAGUUUAUUCAACAGUUUGGCUCAGCUUCCACUAUGGGAAGAGAAGCAUCUAAGCCUCAACUCGGAACUUUCUUCUUGCCUCAUGAUAUUGUACUGGACAACAAACUUCGUCGGAUCUUUGUAGCUGACAGAGAAAACGGAAGAGUGCAAAUCUUUAAUCAAAGUGGUGUUCCUGUUCAAGAUGUAUCCUAUCCCAGUCUGUUUAGGGAUGUUUAUUCUGCCGAUUAUGAUGAAGGUAUGUAGUUAUAAUUUUAGAGCUAUGAUGACUAAAGGUACAGACAUUUUUAGAAGGAUAAAAAAUAUGGAAUUACAAAUAAAAUUAAUUUUUGUUUCAGAACACGGUCUCAUAAUGAUUCCCGGAAGCAGAAUUACUGAGAAUGCACAAAUCGAAGCUUUUGUCUGCCCGGCUCCUUCCUUCAAACUCCAAUUUUCAUUUCGUCCAACAGAUUCUUCCUUUAAAAGGCCACAUAUUAUCAGAAUCAGGGACAAUGUUGUAGCCAUUGGAGAGAUUGCAGAAGAAGGAGGACGGCUGAGUAUAUUCGAUAUCGUGACGCAGGGACAUCAUCCACAGGUCUCCUCAAAAGAACUUUAUAGAUCACCGGAUGAUGUUAACGAUGCCGGAUCACCCUUCUUUAUCACUCUUCUGGUCAUUGCCUCUGUUCUGAUCGCUUGUUUUGUUGCCUACAUGAGGUAUCGAGACGUUUCUGAUGGGAAUAUUGUGGAUCGGACGGUAAGAUUAUGCUUCGAGUAACGAAAUUCAAUUUACAUUACAGGGGUUCAAGCCACUAAAAACAGAUGACAUUCCGAGUGACAAUUCCGAUGAGGAAGAAGAAUAUUCUCGAGCUCGACCGUAG